CCGCCCGCGAGGACGGCGGCCGGAGGGAGGCGGCGAGCGGAGCCCCAUGGCCGCCGAGGAAGUCACUGGAGGGGCGCGCAAGGCGACGAAAAGCAAACUUUUUGAGUUUCUGGUCCACGGGGUGCGUCCUGGGAUGCCAUCUGGUGCUCGAAUGCCCCACCAGGGGGCUCCCAUGGGUCCCCCAGGCCCACCCUACGUGGGGAGCCCUUCUGUGCGGCCUGGGAUGCCCCAGGCUGUGAUGGAACCAGCACGCAAGCGGGUGGCCCCACAGCAGGCGCAGCAGCAGCAAGUGCAGCAGGCGGCACAGCAAGCAGCUCAGCAGGCGGCGCAGCAGGCGCAGCAGGCAACUCAGAAUCGGCCCAGGAGUGCCAAGAGGAGGAAAAUGGCGGACAAAAUCCUCCCUCAGAGGAUCCGGGAGCUGGUCCCUGAGUCCCAGGCGUACAUGGAUCUCCUGGCCUUUGAGCGUAAACUGGACCAAACCAUCAUGCGGAAGCGCGUGGACAUCCAAGAGGCCCUGAAGAGACCCAUGAAGCAAAAACGCAAGUUGCGCCUUUAUAUUUCCAACACAUUCAAUCCUGCUAAAUCGGAUGCCGAUGACUCUGACGGCAGCAUCGCCUCCUGGGAGUUGCGGGUGGAGGGCAAGCUCUUAGAUGACCUCAGCAAGCAGAAGCGAAAGUUCUCUUCCUUCUUCAAGAGUUUGGUCAUUGAGCUGGACAAGGACCUGUACGGCCCCGACAACCACCUGGUGGAGUGGCACCGGACUCCGACCACCCAGGAGACAGAUGGCUUCCAGGUGAAAAGGCCCGGGGACGUCAGUGUGCGCUGCACGCUCCUGCUCAUGCUGGAUUACCAGCCCCCACAAUUCAAACUUGACCCCCGCUUGGCCCGCCUGCUGGGGAUCCACACGCAGACACGCUCCGCCAUUAUCCAGGCACUGUGGCAGUACAUCAAGACAAACAAGCUACAGGACUCCCACGACAAGGAAUACAUCAACUGUGACAAGUAUUUCCAGCAGAUCUUUGACUGCCCACGGCUCAAGUUUUCUGAGAUCCCACAAAGACUCACUAACCUACUUCUGCCACCAGACCCCAUUGUCAUCAACCACGUCAUCAGCGUAGACCCCAGUGACCAGAAGAAGACGGCUUGCUAUGACAUUGACGUGGAGGUUGAAGAUCCCCUGAAAGGGCAGAUGAGCAGCUUCCUUCUCUCAACAGCAAAUCAGCAGGAGAUCACAGCCCUGGACAACAAGAUUCAUGAGACAAUCGAAUCCAUCAACCAGCUAAAGAUACAGCGAGAUUUCAUGUUGAGCUUCUCCAAAGACCCGAAAGGAUAUAUCCAAGAUCUUCUCCGAUCUCAGAGUAGAGACCUGAAGGUAAUGACGGACGUUGUUGGGAAUCCCGAGGAAGAGCGGCGAGCGGAUUUCUACCAUGAGCCCUGGUCCCAAGAGGCUGUAAGCAGAUACUUCUAUUGUAAGAUCCAGCAACGACGGCAAGAGCUGGAACAGUCGCUUGGGGUGCGCAACACAUAAGCCGCUUGGAGCAGGAUCUCCUGGGGGACACAUCAGUGCUCCUUGGAUCCCUGUUGCCUAGAAAAUGGACCUGCUUCAUGACUGGCCAGGGGGGCGCCACUGGCCGCUCGAGUCUCAGCGGCUCUAGGGUGGUUUUCCUCUCCGGAGCGUACUUCUCCUCAGACCAUUCCAGGCCAGGAGGCAACGGGGGUUUCUACUCGCAUUUCACUCACUUCAUUAGGAGAACAAGGCCUGCGUGCAUACGCACACGCACACGCACACGCACGCACACACAACGCCCCUUUUGUCUUCAUGUCAUUCUGGGGAAGGGAAUGGUACUAAGACAGGUUCCUGUGGGUGGGUCCCACUCUGCCUUCCCUGAAUGCUCGGUGGGGCACUAGGAAUCGCGUGACCAGGACACGGGCAACUGGGUCUGUGAGGGCUGCAGAGACCUGGAAUUGGGGGUGGGGGGGUGGGGGGAAUACAGUAGCACGCUCAGUGUGGCACAGCUGACAGGACGGGUGGCGCUUGGAAUGUGUGCCCUGGUCUCCCAGUCUUCUGGGCGGGGCUGCCCCUUGGUCACAUCCCGGCCGCAGUGCGGCCCGCUUCUCUUUCCAAGGCCCGGCCCGGCAUGGAGGCAGGACUUCCGGUGCCUUCCCCCUCAAAGCUGUGUUGAAAGAGGCUAGCCCUCGUUCACCCCCUGGCCAGCAAGAGGUAGGAGCUUUGAGGGACAGUUGUUGAGUACCACAGUGCUCUGCCCGGUGCCACAGAGAACCCAGUUUGGGCUGAGAAUGCCAGGGAGUUUUUCUGGCUGCCAAAAUGUGUAGCCUGCGUGCUUAGCAAGAAGCCCCCCAGCUGGACUGUACCCCUGAGCUGCUCCUUGCUGUGCUGCAGGAUCAGCCUUUCCGCCCAGGCCAGGAGAGAGGAUUGAAAACGGAGCGGCAUUUGGAAUACUUCCCAUUGCCCCUCUCUCCUGCUGUGCCCCUCCAUUCCGGCUGACUUGGGGCUGACGGAGCCCUCGAUUGGGUCUGCCGAUGAGCCUUCUGGGAUGCUAAGCUCCGGGUCCUUGCGGUCUGCUCACAGGACAGCCAAAUCAGCCUCCCCCGACCACAAGUCUCUCUGCUGUGAGCUGAGCCAUGCUGUGGAGCACGGCUGCUCCUCUCUUGCCUUGCAGUUAAGUUGAGCCAAAGGGGAUUUGAGCGGUUUGAGCAUCAGGAGAGGAAAUGCCGAGCUUCUCAUGGUGGAGCUCCCCCCCCCCCCCCCGGCAGCUGGGACGAAGUCGUAGCAAAACGAAGGGCAGGCGCCUGGCCUGGCACUAGCUAUGGGCCCCACCUCUGCCCUAGUGCCAUUUGUAGUGGGCCAGGAGGGCGGGGGAGGGAGUAAGAAAUGCAGGCCUGUUGGUGGUUAUGGGGGCUGUUUUGCAGCCUGGACAUGAGCAGAACAUUGGCCCAGCCCUCCCUUAAGGAAAAGCCUCCCUGGAAUGCGGUACUCCCCCCCCCCCCGCCACCUUUCACUCCUCAGCGCUUGGGUGUUGCUUUCAGCAUGGAAGGGAGGGAACAUGCAUGGGCUGCCUGACCUCUGCUUCCACAUCCAUUGGGUGCCCGGUCAUUGGCAAGCGUGCCGUUCAGCAGGCCAGCCCCUCUUUGUCUUCCUCAGGCCAUGAUCCGAGGACUGCAGGCGGCCCGUUGAAGGUUUGCCAAUAGGGGGGUGGGGGGAUAAUGACAGAAGGAGGGAGGACUGGAUAGAUGUUAGGUUGCCUCCCUGCAGAAGACCAUGCUGAUGGUGCAGAGGGGAGAGGAAUGGCCCAGUGGAGGGAAUACGUUCGGACAUCCACCCCCCACCCACCCGCCCCCCUGCCGCAUCACUGAAGACGCCUCUUGCUACUGGUCCAGGCUCGGCAGGGGCACGCUGAGGCUGGCAGAGGGGCUGCCCCUUCCUGAAGGAUGCAGGGGAAGCAAUAAUGGCCUUCCUCUUCACAGCCUGAGGAAGGGCUGGAAUAAUAGCAGCGCAGUGGGUGGGACCCAGGGGAGGACCCCACAGAAGGAGUUGGCCGAGUGGAUCUUUCGCCAGGGGGCCCUUCGUCCUGAGGCUCCUGUCUGAGUAUCAGGAGGGCCUUGUGAGCAAACAGUACCACAGGGUGGAGUAUUGCGAGAAUGGGCAGGAAUCAGGGAAAGACCCUUCGUCCCUUCGUGGGCUUCUGUGAAUUUUUCUGUGGGAUCCAACUCAAGGUCUGAGUUUAUUUUGUCACCUCUCAUCCCCAAAGCAGAGGAUGGCGCUUGUGUGGAAAUUCAGUCUGCGUUCACCAUGUUGUUGAUUAAGAAUUUGCUGCUCCUUUUACCUGGAGAUGCCGUGCAUCGAACCUGGGAUCUUCUGCAUGCCAGGCGGAUGCUCUUCCACUGUGCCAUUGCCCAGCCCGUCGGUUCUGCCUGUAAACAGUUGGAGAGAAAAUACCACCAGGGAGCAACCAUGUGAUGAAAGUUGGAGUUUGAAAAGGUGUUUGAGGGCUGCCAAUAUGUUCCCUGGACAGGGCAUCGAUGAAAGAGAAUGCGGAAUUAAAGGCUGUAGAGGAGCAGUCGGUCCUUGAAGUGCUAUUGGCUCUCGUAGCGCAGUCUUAUCUCUCAGAGUUGCUGGUUGGCUGCAGUACAGCCCAUUGUGUGUGUGUGUGUGUGUGUAAGUGUAGCAAAGCGUAAAUGGCAGAAUGUGGGGUGCUCUUUAGAUUCCCAGAAAAAUGGCCGAGCACGUACCUGGAUACUGGCCUGUCCAAAAUCAUGCCCAGUGCCAGAUCUCUCUGCAGCAGUUCCUCCAGUUUGCCAACACGGGUUCAUUAGAGGCAAUGAAUAGCACAGAGAGGUUAUGCUGCAGCAAGCCCCACUUAACGCGCUCCUCCUGUGAAUGGUGGCCUCAGGAUAAUGCAGUCAUCUAGUAGAUGCAGAUAAAUAGAUAUGCAGACCAAGCAGGAGUCUAGACGGGACCCCACUGUGAGCCAAAACACACGUUAAGAA